AUGGAGCACAACAUGCACGUGAAUGCGCCGCCUUUGCAUCAUUGGGGCUACGGCAGUGCUGGCGGACAUGCUACGGCUCAGAGCCACUGGGUGCCGCCGCCACAAAGCCACAGCCAUCAGAGCCAUCACUCGCACAACAGUCUGAAGCGUGCGCUCUCCGAGAGCGACUGCGACGAGCUCUACUCCGAGGAAUCCUCAAAAGAACAAAUCUCUCCCAGUGGCACAGGCAGCUGCCAGCUCAUGAGCCGCAAAAAGCGUCGCGGCGUCAUCGAGAAGAAACGUCGCGAUCGCAUCAAUUCUUCGCUCACAGAACUCAAGCGCCUCGUACCCUCAGCCUAUGAGAAACAAGGCUCGGCUAAGCUGGAGAAGGCCGAGAUUCUGCAGCUCACCGUUGAGCACUUGAAGAAUCUGCAAUCAAAAACUUUGGACUCGCUGAGCUAUGAUCCUCAACGCGUUGCCAUGGACUACAGUAUUAUUGGUUUCCGCGAAUGCGCCGCCGAGGUAGCGCGUUAUCUGGUGACCAUUGAGGGCAUGGAUAUACAGGAUCCGCUGCGCCUGCGCCUGAUGUCGCAUCUGCAGUACUUUGCCCAGCAGCGUGAGCUUUCAGCCAGCGGCGGCUACCAGCCCAGCUGCGCGGCCACGCCCUAUCAGAGCUACGGACCCACGGGCAAUGCCAGCGCCUAUGUGCCCAGCAGCAGCGUUUACUUGAAUGCUUCGCCACAGCACUUGAGCCGCUCCAGCGUUUCGGCCAACAGCGUACCUGGCGCAGCUGAAGCGCAUCCAGUCGUCAUUGCUUCACAUGAGCCAAGAACAGAGUCCACGCCGCAGCAGCAGCAGCAACAUCAACAGCAGCAGCAACAGCAACAUCAGCAGCCAACACAGCAGCAGCAGCAACAGCAACAGCCACAACAACAACAGCAACCACAAACGAAUCAACAUUAUACACAGGAGCACAGUGGGCAUGCGGAGCAGCCGCAGACGCAACAGGUGCCCACCUACAUAGAGCUAACGAACACUCAACAGCGCAACGAGGUGCCCCUGCCCACGAUAACAGCUGAGAGCUUAAGUUACAGCAGCGCACCGCAAUAUCCCGUAGGCGGCAGUCAGGACUAUAACAAUGCCAGUGCCCUACAGUAUGCUGCCGCUAAUGGUGCCAAGCCCUAUAGGCCCUGGGGUGCGGAAAUGGCCUACUAG